AUGACGGACUCAAACGUCCCCAUGAUUUUCGGUCUUAUGAUCGUGUUUGAAGUGCUGGCGACGGCUUGCAUGUGUCUCCGGUUUUGUUCGAAGCGGGUUACUCAUGCGAGGUGGUUUCCGGACGAUUAUUUUCUUAUUCUUUCUUGGGUGGUUGGAACAAUAGCCAUCGGUAUUGCGCUCUGGAUGACCCGUUAUGGACUUGGCCAUCGUCGGGAGUGGAUCACAACUCUGCACAUGGGAGAACAGUUGAAGCAUUACGGUCCAGCAACGACAUUUGCCAGUUUUACCGCCCGCUGGAUCUCGAUGCUGUCCUUCUUCGUUACUCUUCUUCGACUCGUUUCCAAAGCAUGGAAAAAGGCCAUUCUCUGGUUCUUCAUGACAAGCUGUGUUGUCUCAUACUUCGCUGCCACCAUUCUUCAGUCGUUUUACGUGUGCGGAGUGUCGGAUCUAGUGUCGAAGGAUCGUUGCGUCCCAGAACACUAUGUCAAUGCAUACGCUUUGUAUGUCAGCAUUUAUGGCUCGAUUGUCGAUUUCACAUUCACCCUCGUCCCGACAAUAGUCAUCUGGCGGUUGCAGAUGAGGCCUCUGGAGAAAGUGGCCAUUGCCUGUGCAAUGAGUACUGGUAUAUUGGCUGGAAUAGUGUCAAUUGUCAAAAUCGUCAAGAACCAUGAGCUCCUGUACGAGGACAACAGAGAUCCUUUCACAGCAGGUGUAGUUUCAACUUUGGCAUCCGUGGAGGUUAGCUGCACCAUCACUGCCACUUCCAUCCCAUUCUUCCGCCCCUUGAUUCGCAGAAUCACCGGCAAGGACAGCAGUUACCACUCUGGCGGGGGUGUAGUCAGCAAGCAACAAGAAGCUGGCAAUGGUGUCUCGGUCCUUGAGGUUGGGACAGGUCAACAAGGCCCGAAUUACUUCGGACGUUGA